GCUGCUGUAACCCAACAGACUUGGACCCAAACAAACCUAGGAACUUCAAAAUUGGAAUUCCUUACUGAGAAAGAUGUAUAAGGUAGACCUGUCAGCAGAUCCUAAGGAGGUGGCAGCCAUUGAGGCUAGAAGAAACAGAGAAAAAGAGCGACAAAGCCGAUUCUUCAAUGUGCGGAACCGAGUCAAGGGGGUGGAUGUUCAAGCCCUGAACAGCCAGGUAAAGGAACAAAAGCUUCGGAAGGCAAAAGAGCGGAGUGAGGAGGCAGCUUAUGGUAUCAAGCAGGUGCAGUAUGACCUUGUAGCCCAGAUGCUGGAAAAGGAAGAGGCUGAAAAGACAUGUCGGAUGACCAAAAAAACACAGGAUUUUCAAAAGCAGAAACAGCAGCUACCACUCAACAACAGGCAUGAAUUUAACUUUUGGGAUCCAGACGGACUUCAGUUGUUUCCAGCCUGUCUCGGUGGUACUAAUUCCUUCCCUGGCCCAGACAUCCUACAACACCUUGGUGAGGAUCUGAACAGGUCCUCAUGCCUGAGAGCACAGCAGGAACAGUUCCGGUGCAGCCUGGAUAAGCAGCUGCAGAAGCAAGAGGAAGCCAGGGCUGAGGCGGCACGUAUAGAUAAGCUCAGUAACCAGCUGCGCCUAGCCAUGGACAUGCAGGCUGCCCACACAGCCAGGCUGGAGGAGUCUUGUCGUGUGGCCAUGAUGACUGCCAUGGCCAAUGCCAACAAAGCCCAGGCUGCUGAGCUGGCCAUGCGGCAGCGCCGUGAACAUCAACGCCAACAGGAGGCCAACCUCAAGGAGAUCCAGAAACAGGUCACCAGUGAUCUACUGACUGAGAACCCCAAGGCUGCUCAACACCCCAGGGCUCCCCACCGGGUCCUGUCCUACUGCUGGAAGGGCAUGACUCCAGAGCAGCGGGCUGCCAUCAGGAAAGCCCAGGGGGCGCAGUGCCAUGAGAAGGCAGCUCAGAACCGGGCAGAACAAGCACUGAAUAAUGAAUGGGAAAAUCAAACCAUGUGCUUGGCCCAGGCAGCGCUUGAGCUAGAAGAGCAGGAGAGGGAAUUGUGUGCCGAAUUUCGAAGGGGGCUGGGUUCCUUCAACCAGGAUCUGGCUAAGGAGCAAAGAGCACAGCAGAACUAUCUGAAUUCCAUAAUCUACACCAAUCAACCUACAGCCCAAUAUCACCUACAGUUCAAUAACAGCAGCCGCUAA